AUGGAGAGUGAUGACGAGUUCCGUCCUAUUCGCUUGGCCAAAAGAGAUUCGCACGGUGGGGGAUCAUCAGCAGCAUCAUCAGAGAUUGGGGGAUCAGGUAGUCAAACGUUUCAUAUGAAACCAAUACGAUUAGGCUCAAGAAACCGCCGUAGUUUUGGUUUAGUUAGAGCAUCGUCGUUUUCAUCUAGUGGGGCGUCACCUCCAUUGACUCCCAAAUUCAAGAGUCAUGAUCCCAUAUUUGCCUUAUGCUGUGUUGAUUUCCAUCAUCAAAGAGGUCCAGAAAUCCAAUGGUGGAAGUCUAAUUAUCAUCCGGAAUAUACCCCUAAUUUGUUUAAGAACUUGCCGUUUCAAGCACUUCCUGAUGGGUCACAUUUGUAUGAUGAAACGUUUUCGAAUUUCAUUUUGGUCUACGACACUCAGAAGCUGACCAGUCUUGAUGACCAUGACGAUGAGCUUCAUUACUCCGGUGAUCCACGGCAAUUAAUGACACUUUUUGGAUGUAGUUGUGUGGGGACCAUCAAGACCUCUGAAAUGGAUCCUGAUGAAAGAGCAAAGAAUAAAGAUAUCACUCGUUCAUUGGUUCAAAAGGCAGUGGUGGUAAUUGCUAAAGAUAGACCCAUAUUCACCCAUAUAAAGGAGAAGUUAUCCAUAAUUACUAAAUCAUAUUUCUUACAGAAGGACUUGGCCAACUUCAAGGUGUUUGAAGAUUUGUUUGAAGACUUGAAUAUUCAAUAUACUCCAAAGGAAGAUGUUCCAUUACCUCGAAGCCCAGGAGUAUUGAUAAAUAAAGAAGAGGAUGAUGAAUUUGUCAACUUGAACCUUAAGGAUUAUAUCAGCAGAUUCAAGGCAAAUUUCCUUCUUAUUUUUAAGAUGAUGCUUCUUGAGAAACGGAUCCUUGUGUUUUCAGGGUCUAAUUUAGCCCAAGUAUUCCAAUUCCAAAAUAACCUUAUCAGCUUGAUUCCUGGAUUACUUAGUAACCUCCAAGAAUCUGGUUCUACACUUAUUGAUUUCAUGGAAUUGACUACCAAUUUGGGAAAGCCAACAUCUAUCAACACUUUAAGUAGACACUCGAUGCUACGAUUCUUUGGAUUACCUUUGAAAUUAUUCGACACUAAGGGUGCCAUGUGGGCUCCUUAUUUACCAUUACAACAACUAGAUAACCUUAAAUGUGAGUCAUUCUUAGUGGGGACUUCUAACCUAUUGAUCUUUAAUCAAGCUCGACAGUUGCAAGUCGAUGUGUUGAUCAAUCUUGAUACAGAUGAGGUGACAUUCCCUUCUGGUAAGAGUGAAGAGUUCAACCUUCUGAAUAUGGAUAAGAAGUUUAUUAAUCAUUUGUUGUAUGCUUCCAACUCCUCCAACUCCGAUAGUUCGGACUUUGUGGGCAAUGAUGAUUAUCUCCGACUCAAAUUUGAAGAUUAUCUUCUUUCAUUAUUACUGACACUAAGACUUCGUCAAUAUGGUGAGAAUUUCAAUGGCGUGCCCCCAGGAUUCGAGAUAAAUAAUGAAAUGGGGAACCUUUCUCUUUUCAAUCAAAGGUUUGUGGACUUAUGGAAGGAAACCAAAAAUUGCAAAAUAUGGAAUUUAAUUGCCGAUGAAUUUAUUUUCAACUUCAUUACUCCUCAUCAUUAUGGUAUAGAAUGCUCCAAAUCAGGUUCUUCCAACUUUAAAUUGCCAAAUUGGUUCCUGAAACGUCAAGCGGGUGCUUCUACUACAUCAAAAUCAGACCCAGAACAUAAAGCCCGUAAGUUUAUUGAGGCUUCAGACACUGCAUCAACAACCACGUCAGAGACUGCCGCUUCUUCUUCAAUCAAUGCCAACACCAAUGAAUCUUCAUUUGAAAGUAUACUGGGCCUGUCUAAUGCUACAGAUCAAUCCAAUCCCAAGGGCUGGAGUUGGCCUACUUUCAAAUGGAAAGCUUAG